UCCAUCCACUGAAGACUUCACAGGUUUAUAUUUAACCCGUUGCUGAGCGAAUGAGUUUGAUGUGUAUAUUUUAUUUGCAUAACCCUUAAAUUGAAAAUAUGAGGUGGAUCACUGUACCGCAAAAAUGGUUCUCAGCCGGUGGCUUUUCGCGGAAUCUGACCACUGGCUCUUGGCUCAUGAAUAAAUCUCCAGGAUUUAGGAAUCCCAACAAAUGUGGUCCGCUAACUGAUUUAUCGGAUUACUCAUACACAGAUGGAAGGAUUACACCUCUUGGAGCAAAUCAAACCAAGCGAAUGAUACAACAAAGAAACUUGGCACAGAAAAUCGUUGUUAUGUCAAGUGAAAUGGAUUUUGCUCUUCAGCGUUAUAAUCAUCUGAAAGAAAAUCAACUAAACAACAAACGGAACAUUGUGAGUCAAAAACUGAAACCUAAAGGACAUUUAUUGUUGAAAAAUUAAAUCAUAAAUCUUUAUGUGACAUAGCUUA